AUGAAACGGUCUAGUGGUGAUCGCUUUGGUAGUGGUAGUAAACGAACACGAAUGGACAGCUAUGAAGAGGCAUUGGCUAAUGGUAAAUACGAACUGAGGUUGGUAGUGACGAGCCGAGGAGCUGGUGGUAUUAUUGGACGAGGAGGCGAAAAUAUCAAACGCCUCCGCUCUGAGGUACUUUUAUUAAAGCUACUCAUUAUCAUUUCAACUGGAGCUUCUCAAAGAAAUGAUUUCCUUUUCCUGAUAAUGUCUUCGAUUCCAAGAACAGCGAACAAUUUUGAGACCUUUUUUGCUUGCAUCGGCGUUAGCCUUUUGUUAUUAGGCGGAAUAGCGAGCAACUUGAAUAACGAAAUUGUGAAAAUAGUCCAAAUUAUUGCUCAUUUGCAGUUCGAUGCGAACCUGACCGUCCCAGAUAGCCAGACGCCCGAACGGGUGUUGACACUCACUGCUACAACGGAGAACAUCGCUAACUGUUUGCGUGAAAUUAUACCCCGUCUCGAUGAAAAUCGACAAGAUGAGCGUGAUCGACGAGGGAAAAAGAGGAAUGGUGAAAGUGAAAUUAAGGUUCUAGUGCAUGAAUCACAUGCAGGUGCCGUCAUAGGUCGUAGUGGAUCAAGAAUAAAGGAACUUCGCGAAAAGACUGGAGCACAACUAAAAGUUUUCUCACGUUGUGCACCGCAAUCUACAGAAAGGAUCGUACUGUUGAACGGCGAAGUACAAAAAGUUAUCGACUGCAUUAACAUUAUUAUCGAUGUUUUGAAGGAGAUUCCGAUAAAAGGUCCUGUCAGGCCUUACGAUCCAAUGUAUUAUGAUCCAGAUAUCGUUAACGAUUAUGGUGGGUACGUCCCUGAUCGUAAUUUCAUCUCACGUGUUGGUCGAGGAAGAGAUUAUGGAUAUAGUGGUGGGGGCAUGAUAUCUCCACGAUAUCAAACAAGAGAUGAUCGGUAUAGUGGAGUGAGAGAUAUAAUAGAUCGCUAUUCACCUCUUCCAUCUGUGCAAACUACGCAGGUAACUAUUCCUGAUGAACUUGGUGGUGCUAUAAUUGGUAAAGGUGGGUCGCGUAUCAACCGAGUUCGUGAUGAGUCAGGAGCUCAAAUUGAAGUUGAACCCCAUCGUGAUAAUGGUGGUGAUCGUAUAAUAACAAUUACUGGAACACGAGAACAAAUUGAAUCAGCACAAUAUCUGUUGCAGCAGUGUGUACGCACAUCGGAAGCUGGAAGACGUUAUCUCAGUGAGCAUUAG